GUUGCCACACAGAUGCAUUGUUUAAUUUGCAAAACGCCCCGACACCUGGUUUGUAAAAUGCCCAUACCAUUUUUACAUGUAAAAAUGUUUUACAUUCUUGCUGCUCUCGGGUUUAUGGGCCACCCUGUAUGAGAGUCGUACAUAAGCGGCGAUCCAUGUGACAGGGUCACACACUGCAAGGUGAUGGGCACGCCCGGACAUUGCCUUGUACCGCAGUCAGGUUUCAACUGUCAUGCAGUCGGGCUUCAACAGUCAUGCCAUGCAAAGCGUAACAAGGGGUACUGUGCCUCACUGGCCAGUAUGGUUGUCGGACGUUCUGUGUCGUGUCGCUGACUGUACAAGCCGUGCUGUGUCGCCUUAUGUACUCGCCCUUAAGUGGCCCCACCGGUGAGCCCCGCUCGCCGUCGGACUCUAUCCGAAUGGGGCACACGGCUGACCGAUCCUCGGCCGCCAUGGUGGAGGCGAGCUGGAGCACACGUGGAGAAGGAGCCGACCGGCCCGCCGUGCACGAGGCCGACCUUCUGAGGAGCGAGUUUGGCGUACCGGACGUACUCGCCAACAACUGGGUGCCCCGAGGGACGGCCGUGCCCGUUUUAGGAUUGGAGUCUAUUCCGACUCUGGAAAGUCCUGCUCACACCGGCCAGCCUCUGGUGGUCAGUGAUCCAGCCCGGCCAGAACCGCCGAGAGCCGCGCACCCGACGCCGCCGUGCCCACAGUGACCAUGCAGCAGCCCUCUGCGCCGCCGCCGCCCUACUAUGGCGGAGCCGCAGACGACUUCCACGAGCCGCUGACGGGCAGUGCGUUCGACUUCAACGAACAAACUGUUCGCAAGGGCUUCAUCAGGAAGGUCUACUCGAUCCUGAUGGCGCAGCUGGCUGUCACUGCCGGCAUCAUCGCCAUCUUCUUCGCCGAAAGUGUGCGCGAGUACGCCGUGCGCAACCAGUGGAUCUUCUGGGUGGCGUUUGCGGGCACGUUCGCCUGCAUCCUCACACUGGCCUGCUGCGAGGACAUGCGCCGCAAGACGCCCCACAACUUCAUCUUCCUGGGUGUUUUCACCGUCUGUGAGGGCGUCCUGCUCGGCUGCGCGUGCGCCUCUUUCAAGGCUUCCGAGGUCCUGAUGGCCGUUGGCAUCUGCACCGUGGUCUGCCUGGCGCUCACCAUGUUCGCCUUCCAGACCAAGUACGACUUCACCAUGCUGAACGGCAUCCUCUUCGUCUGCCUCAUCGUCCUCAUGGUGUUCGGACUCUUCGCCAUGAUCUUCCCCGGAAAGGUGAUCAGUCUGGUAUACGCGUCGCUGGGGGCGCUGCUGUUCUCCGUGUACCUCGUGGUAGACACGCAGAUGAUGAUGGGCGGCAAGCACAAGUACACCAUCUCGCCCGAGGAGUACAUCUUCGCCGCCCUCAACCUCUAUCUGGACAUCAUCAACCUGUUCCUGUACAUUCUGCAGAUUGUGGCGGCGGCCAAUCGAAACUGAGCAGAGACGCGACGUGGUCCGUCGGCGCCGCCCCGGCUAGCGGGCGGGUGACCGGCGCCGCGGUCCAGCCGGGGCUGCCGGCACCCGAUCAGGGUCGCUCUGAGUUUUCCAGUGUCCGCGGCAGCAGGAGGCCCGGUCUGCAGACAUGUACCUAUAGAUGUGAUAUGGGCUCGUUUGGCUGGGGUGUUACGCUGUUUUGAAAGAACCACGUCUUGCUUUGUGUGUAGCGUUUCCUGAGAGGUGUUAUCAUUAAACUGGGUACUGUCUUUUUCGGUCAAUAAGUGUGUUGUCCAUUGCCCUAGCGUGUUCUCUCGACUUUGAAUCGGUUAAGUGGUCCAAAUUCCGGGCUUCAUUUUUGGGUGUAGAUCACAAGUUUUGCUUGGUUUCAACUGUAUAUUGUUAUCAUUCUAUUCGGGUAGUUCCUCGGCUUAUCACAUCUCUAAACGUACGAUAACUAAUGCACUUGUAUAUCAGAAACAGUGAAUUAACAGCGGUGAUACACUUCCAUUGUGUUGAGUCUGGCGUCAGCCUCUUAAGUUUAUUUCUCUAUGUUUAUGUUAUCAAAGUUAUCCCUCCAUGCGGCAAUGUGAACAGCGUGAUGUCUCAAUGUUUGCCGAUGCUGGCGCUAGCAAACUUAUCGUAGGUAUAUUGUAUAGUUCGGCGCCAGUGGUUCCGAUAAUUGCACUGGCCCGCCGACGCGCGCAGCUGUUGUCUGCUACCAACGGCUCGUGCUGAGCUACCACGCUUCUUUCGUUUGCUGCUUGCUGUUCGCGUCUGUCUGGUGUCCGUCAAUGUUUUCUGUAUAAAAUUAUCUUGCGUAAUAUCUAUCGCUGCGUACAUUGGCGGAUUAGGCUAAUUCCGGCGCCAAGCUUAGGACAACAAUUGUGUCUUGUAGCGAGAAACAUUUGUGAUUCAAUGGGGCUGUUCUGCGGUGAAAUGUUAAACCUGUUUAGUCAUUUGUUAUUUGCAGAUCCGUGAAUAAACGUUCAGCGAACAUUUA